UGAAGAAAUGCAGAUGGAGCAUGGACAGAAACACUGACAGAGAUCGGCAGACCCAAGUGAACCAGAAGGCUAUGAAUAACCUCGCCCAAACCUCACAGGAUGGACUGCUGGUUACACAUGUUAACCAGACCCAGGACUUACUGCAGCUGCGGGGAUGUGAGACCCAGAUGUCGGCUCUGGCAGACUCUGAAGACUGGCUUGCAAUGCACAGUUUAAAGUUCGAGAGGCUCACCUUGGCUGACCUGAUAAGCCAGGGCACAGUUGAGCUGGAGGAUCGGAACAAUGCUGUGCCCAAAGUGCAUUUCACCACCCAGACCAUCGACCACUUCAAGUCAAGGCUUUCUGAACACAACAACUACUAUGAAGAAGGAGCACUGGAACAGAUGACCAGUGAGCCAGAAAGUGGAGACUGUCCCAGGCAGAAAACCAGCAAGUCCACAGGUCCCGAGACCUCUGGCAUGCUCCAGAAGCAACAAGCAGGGCAGUGUGUCAGGUUAGAGGAAGCAGCAUUUGGCCUCAUCAAGGGAUCAAGAGUGGGCCUCCUCAUAGAUUCCUCGCAGGUCAGCAGCAGCUCUCAGACAGAGGAAUUCCAAAAUGACCUCACAGGUCUCAUUGAGGAGCAGCUGAGCCUCAAGGAAAAGCUGUAUGUCCUGUCCUUCGGUGUCACCACCAAGCCCCUCUGGCUGGACCCUGUGGAAGUCAGCACUUCCACCCUCCAGGAACUCAAGCUCUGGGUGAAGACACUGCAGCCCGAGGGAAGCAGCAAUCUGCUACAAGCCUUGAAGAAAGUCCUUGCUCACAAGGAGCUAAAUUCUCUGGUGAUCAUAUUGAGAAGCUGCCCAGAUCAGCCUUCUGAAUUCCUGUCUGACUUCAUCCAGCAGUCCACCCUGGGACGGAGCAUCUUCAUUCAUGUAACCACCUACAAAUGUGAGGAUCACGUGCCCUCUGCUGUUCUGAAAAACCUCACAGAUGCCCUUGGGGGUUACUACCACUGUUACAGCCCAGAAACAGAGCUCUAUACCAGUAGGGAUGUGGUUGAGCUCCAGGCAGAAACCCACAAGGCUCAAGUCCUCCUCAGCCAGGUGCAAGCCCUGUGCCACAACGACCCAUGUGAAGAGCUGUCCUGCAUGAUCAAAGAGAUCUCCAUAGAGAUUGCCAAAGGGCCGUUCCCCAGUCUCUUGCCUAAACCUCCAAAACACGAGGCUCCUCUCACCAUCAAGUUCCCAGACCUGGACAAGACUUCUGCAGAGUGGCUGAAGAUCAAUGGUCUAAAAGCCAAGAAGUUAAGCCUUUAUCAGGUUCUGGCACCCAAUGCCUUCAGUCCUGUGGAAGAAUUUGUGCCUAUUCUCCAGAAAACAGUAGCAGCUACUAUCCACGAGAAAGCAAUGGUACAAUUUGAAUGGCAUGAUGGAACAGUGAAGAACAUCCAUGUGGACCCACCCGUCCUCUUUGAGUACCAGAAGCGGCUGGGGAAAGCUGUGCAGAUAUAUGAGAAUCGGCUCCAGUGGCUCUCCCUGACCAGCAGAAGAAUCUGGGGCACUGUCUGUCAAAGAAGGGUGGUUAUACUGCUGGAUGUCUCGGUGACCAAUUCCAUGUACAUUAUUCAUAUCCAGCACUCCCUGCGGCUACUGCUAGAGGAGCAGCUGUCCAACAAAGACUACUUCAACAUCAUUGCGUUUGGAAGUGCGAUUGAGAGCUGGAGGCCGGAGAUGGUUGCUGUGAGCCAUGACAACUUACAAAGAGCCUGGCGGUGGGCCCUGGGCCUGCAGUGUCAAGGAAGCAGAAAUGUCCUCGGAGCCCUCCGGAAGGCCAUAGAAGUGGAUUUCAAGGACAAAAACAAACAUGAGUCUCAGGGCAUCUACCUCUUCACCGGGGGUGUCCCUGACCAAGAUGUGCACAUACUCAGCGCCUAUGUGGCAGAGGCCUGUGGGGGGUGCGACCUCCAGCUAAAUGUCUGUCUCUUCUAUGUGGGCGAACCACAGAUGGACACCACGCCCCCUGCCUGCUAUGCCAGCCGUGCUGACACUGCUACUGCCUAUAAAGAGAUCACCCAGGCUGCCCGGGGUCGCUUCCACUGGUUUGGAGAGACAGGUAUUUAUGAAAGUGAUGAUAUCAAAGCCAUUGUAUCUGAGAUAGAGAAAGCCCUCAACUACUCCCAAAAGUGUGCCUUCCUUGUGGCCUCCCUGAAGAACCAUUCAGGAAAAGAACUGCAGAGUGGAGCCCUCGAGAAAGACAAGCCAAGGACUCUGCAGCAAAGUCAACCCAAGAAACUCUACUCUCCCAAGCCCACAGCCCCCUCGGUGGCCAGAAUGAGCACUAAAGAUGGCCUGGAUGGAGAAACAAGCUCCCGGCUGAAAGCUCUGAAGUGUCACCCCGUCAAUGGUGGAACACGGGUCUCUCCGGCUGCAGCCCAACCUGGGAAAGAAGGGAUGGUGGAACAGAGGGUGAAGACCAACCCCAAAACAAAACCCAAGCUCUUUCUGUUCUACACAGAGACUGGGAAUAGUGUGGGUUCUGUGUACAAGAGGUACACUCAAGGAAAAUCUAUUAGAAGGAUUAAUUCUUCCAUCGAGCUGCCCAGGAAGGACACUGUUUGCUCAAGUCAAGAGUGGACAGCCACUUGCAGGCUGAAGAGAUUGAAGCUGGAGCUCUCCAAAUGCCUUGGUCCCAACUGUAGAUAUCAAAAGUCAGUACGGGGGCCAGCACUGGCCGAACACUGCACUCUCUUCCCCAGUAUAGAGAUCAAUGGAGUAGUGAGACACAUCCAGUGGACACUGUGGGAGAUGGAGACAUACAUCACAUGCAUGGAGAAGGUGACCAGGUGCUAUUUGCAGAGGCUGCACUGGCUGUUGUCUGGAAGCCGCAGGCUGUUUGGCACCGUCUUGGAAAGCAAUGUGUGCAUCCUGCUGGACACCUCAGGAUCCAUGGGCCCCCACUUGCAGUGGAUGAAGACUGAGCUCGUUCUACUGAUCUGGGAGCAACUGAGGAAGCACUGUGACCGUUUCAACCUGCUGAGCUUUGCAGAGGACCCGCAGCCGUGGCAGGACACUCUGGUAGAAAGCACAGAGGCUGCAUGUCACAAGGCUAUGCAGUGGGUGGCCCAUCUACAAGCCCGGGGGAGCACCUCAGUCUUAGCAGCUUUAACGAAAGCCUUCAGCUUUCAGGAUGUGCAAGGACUGUAUCUCCUGACUGAUGGGAAGCCAGACACAAGCUGCAGCCUUAUACUCAACACUGUCCGAAACUUCCAGAAGGAGAGAGGAGUGAAGGUGCAUACUAUCUCUCUGACCAGCACAGACAGAACAGCAGCUGAGUUCCUGAGGAAGCUGGCUUCCCUCAGUGGGGGCCGUUACCACUGCCCUGUUAGUGACGAGGCCCUCAGGGGGAUUCAAGGUUUGCUCACCAGAGGCUUCAUCAAGGAAAGGGACCCCAAGUUGCCACUGUUUGAAGGUGAUGACUUGAAGAUACUGGCCAAGGAGUUCACCAGGGCUAGAAACCUCCUCAAGCAAGCCCAGGCCUUCAGAUCCCAGCUCCUGAAGAGAAAUAACAUGAAAUCAAAGGUUACUUCUUGCUAGAGACAUGUUCUCAGUGACUCCUGCUUACCUGUCGAGGCACAGCUCAGAC